AUGGUCAAAGCUGAUUACCUAGGCCCAUCUAAACUUGGUUGCUCGGAUGUUUUCAACCCAUACGAGGCGAGAGGAUCAACAAAAGGUAGCGCGAGGCAAGCGUUUAGCUUUUCUCAAAGUAAAAUAAUGUUGUUGGACGGCCGUGGAUUAUCGAAAUUCAAAAAGCGUUAUAAACUGCAUGGAGAACUUGGCCGUGGCGGAUUUGGAAUCGUUUAUCGUGGCUUUCGCAUUUGCGAUGAACUUCCGGUCGCUGUUAAAUUUAUUGACCGGAACCAAGUCCGUGACUGGGGAAAGAUGGAUGACGAGCGAGUGCCAAUGGAAAUUUGCAUGCUAGCGCGAUGUGUGAAUGUUCUGGGAGUGAUCAAACUACUGGACUGGUACAGCACGCCGGAAGGAUUUCUGAUCGUGAUGGAACGCCCUUAUCCAUGCGUUGAUUUAUUCGAUUUUAUUAAGAGCCACAAGAAGCUUGACGAAGAUCUCGCAAGAUUUUUAUUUCGACAGAUAGCAUUCACAAUUCGCAAAUGCGCUCAACAGAAAGUGUUGCAUCGGGACCUCAAGGACGAAAAUAUCGUUAUUGACUUGGUGACUGGCGAAACAUCUCUGAUUGAUUUUGGCGCCGCAACAGUGCUCAAGAAGGGUCAUUACACGGAUUUUCAAGGUGCAGCUAGCUGUCCCUUUUUGCUUUGUUUCCCCAAUUUUAUUUUCCUCCUCAUUUCUCCGUUCUUUGUUAUUUGUUUAUUAUCGUUUAUUUGUUUCCUGGUCUAUUGUUGCUCGUUUUCCGUGCUCGACUGCUUAUUCGUCUGCUAGCU